UGAGAGCAACUACUGCAGCCUGGACCAGCCGACGGGUCAGGACACUGGGAGAAACGCAGGCUCCUCUCGUGCUUUUCGGAGUGGCACCUGAUCCUUCAUCAUAAUCAAAGCCACACUUUAACGUGUCGGAAGACAUGUCAGACCCAACAGAGGAACUCACCAACAAAUCCUUCGCGGCCCGGUUGUCUAAUGUUUACCUCAGCAUCUUGGCACUGUUCUGCUUUAAGAUCUUUAUUAAGGUUUCUCUCAACUUGCUGACAUACUUCUAUAUUAUCCGCGGGAACCGUAAAGAGGCAGCCAGGAUAUCAGCAGAGUUUUAUGAGUAUGGCCAACAACACUUAUCCUGGGCGGACCGCUCACCACUCCAUGACGCUGCGAGUCAGGGCCGCCUCCUGGCUCUGAGGACUCUCAUUUUACAGGGUCACAGUGUGAAUGUUCUGACUAUAGACCAUGUGACACCCCUUCAUGAGGCCUGUGCUGGAGACCAUGUCGCUUGUGCCAGAGCUCUCAUUGAUGCAGGAGCAAAUGUCAAUGCUUCUACAAUUGAUGGAGUCACCCCGCUGCUCAACGCCUGUACAAUGGGCAGUGUGGCAUGCACUGAAAUUCUUUUAGAAAACGGAGCAAAACCCCAGAGCCUUGUUUACCAUCCAUCACCAAUCCAUGAAGCUACGAGCAAAGGUCAUUACGGUUGUGUGGAGGCUCUGGUGACUUGGGGGGCAGAUGUGGACAUGGACAUUCCUCACCUGGGCACAGCGCUGUAUACAGCCUGCGUCUGCCAAGAGCUGGAGUGUGCCAGGAAACUCCUGAGGGAAGGUCAGCUCGCAGCACAGUGUGGAUCUUUACAUCUCCAUACAGGCAGGCUCACGUCCUGUGCAAGUGUACAGAAAGGCAAAUCCCUGGAUUCACCCUUACAUGCAGCUGCAGAGAAAGACUGCACAGCCGUAGUGAAGCUGCUGCUGGACUUUGGUGCAGACAUCAAUGCCAGGAACAUAGAGUUUCAGAGGCCAGUGGACGUGGCUCCACCCAGCAGUCUAACAGAGGGUUUCCUGCUGCUAUACGAAGCCACACCACGACUGCUGAGCCAGCUGUGUCGUCUGUGCAUCAGGAACUGCGUCAGUUGUGACAGACUCCAUCUUCUUUCCAACCUUCCCCUGCCCAUUCGACUCAGGAACUACCUGCAAUACAAAUGACAGAACAACCAAACUGUCUAAAUGGGACUUACAGAAAUAAGCCUUUGUCAAAAAGAGCAAAUCAACUUCAUGAACUCUUCCUGCCUUCAACUAUAGUCAGUUAGUCCCUGAGUAGCUGGCAGUACAAAGCUGUGUUGAGCUGGCCUAAAUCCCACAUGUGAUUGUGGACCCGGAUGAAUGUAAAGCAGGGGGGUUAAAAGAGUCCAAGGUUAAACCUUCCCUGGAUAAUUAUGGUAAAAAAAAGUAUAAUUUGCAAUUCAGGUUUGCCGUGAAGAUACCUUAACAGUUGCAAUAGCAACCAGAGAGUGAUGCACUUUUGAAAACGUUACAUGAGAUUAUGAUGUCAUAUAAAUGCACAAUAUAUGUGAGUUUUGCAUGUGAUAUUUAAUGCAUCGCACACUAUUAGAUGAUUAAAAUUGUUUCAAAACCUGGUGCAUUCCUUAAUAAAUGAUGUGUUGCAGGC